AAAAUCUAACGUUGUGCGUAAAUUUAAGGAUGUUGAAGGCUCUGUUAAGUAUAUUCAAUGUUGUGAGGAUUGGAAAAACCAAUGGAAAACGACAAAAUGACGCAGAUUCAAGUGGAAACCGAAAAAUGGCAAGAAUGUACAUAAUUGAUGGAACGGACGUGGCGAUGACCUAUGGCGAAGGAAGAAUCUUUUCUGUUCGCGGAAUUCAAAUUGCAUUGAACAAGUAUGCAGACAUGAAUUGCGAAGUAUAUGCAAUUGUACCCCAGAAAACAAUGAAGAAAAUCUUCACCGACAAUCACACUUUAAUACACGCUUUGCAGAAGAGUGGCAAAGUUUUCUGUGCACCAGGGAAAAAUUUACCAAAUGGUUCAAUCACAGAAUGCAAUCCGCAACGAUUUAUCUUAGAUAUUGCAAUUCAGUAUGACGCAGUCAUCUUGAGUAACAGCGAUUUUGAAAGAGUCUCAGAUGAAAAGACUGAAUGGAGACAGUUAAUUCAACACGGCAGACUGCAGCGUUAUAAAUUUGAUGGUGAUAACAUAAUUUUGCUGUAG